CCGGCCGCCCUCCGCCGCCGAGAGGCCCCGACCGCGCCCGCCGAACCGCCCCGGACCCCGCCGACAGUCCCCUUCACCCAGCAGAAGAUGAAGCUGCUGGAGAACUCGAGUUUUGAGGCGAUCAACUCGCAGCUGACAGUGGAGACCGGUGACGCCCACAUCAUUGGCAGGAUCGAGAGUUACUCCUGUAAGAUGGCCGGCGACGACAAACAUAUGUUCAAGCAGUUUUGCCAGGAGGGGCAGCCCCACGUCCUGGAGGCCCUGUCUCCCCCGCAGACCUCCGGCAUCAGCCCCAGCAGGCUGGGCAAGAGCCAGGGCGGGGAGGACGAGGGGCCCCUGAGUGACAAGUGCAGCCGGAAGACCCUGUUCUACCUGAUUGCCACCCUCAACGAAUCCUUCCGGCCUGACUACGACUUCAGCACCGCCCGGAGCCACGAGUUCAGCCGAGAGCCCAGCCUCAACUGGGUGGUGAAUGCGGUGAACUGUAGCCUGUUCUCCGCUGUGCGCGAGGACUUUACCGCACUGAAACCACAGCUGUGGGAUGCCGUCGAUGAAGAGAUCUGCCUCUCGGAGUGUGACAUCUACAGCUAUAACCCGGACCUGGACUCGGACCCGUUCGGGGAGGAGGGUAGCUUGUGGUCCUUCAAUUACUUCUUCUAUAACAAGAGGCUGAAACGCAUCGUCUUCUUCAGCUGCCGUUCCAUCAGCGGCUCCACGUACACACGGUCGGAGGCGGGUAACGAGCUCGACAUGGACCUGGAGGAAGAAGAGGAGAGCGGGCGCGGCAGCAGCGAAGACAACACCGACGCCUACGACGAUGAGACCAGCAACAUCGAGGAGGACAGAUGCCCGGUGAUCUGCAUGUGAGACAUCCGGCCUCGGACCGCCGCGCCCCUGCCGCCGGGCCCCUGGACCUCUACCCGGCCGGCCGCCUCCCGGCCCUCCCCUGGGGCCGGCCAAGGCCGGCCUGCACUUCGGGUCGGGGGCUUCCGGCACUUCCUAGCACUUUGUCUCCAGACUGUGACCGUGUCCCGCUCUGUUCAUCCGUCUGCCAUCCUUGCCUUGCACCAGCAGAGGGGAAGACCAGCCACCCCUUUGGACUGCUCCCGUGGGGGGGGGGGGGGGGGGGGGGUGGCACUGGCCCACGGACUUUUGGGGCCUCCCUUCCCCCCCCAAAAAGAAGCCUCUAUUUCUCCCCUCACUUAUUUAGCAAAAAGCAUGCCCCUGCAACCCCUUUGGCCGGAGGGGGGAGAGGGGAACCGGGCUUGUAGGGGGUGGCGUGCGUGGGAGAAAGCAGCUCCACUUCCAGAUUUUAUUUUUGUAUUUUGUACAAGGGCAAAGGGCCGCAGGGCUCUCUCCUUGCCCCCCCCCUCCCCCCCCAACCUCCUUCCCCCCAUUUUUGCAGGGAGCCUCAGCCUCCAUCUCCAACUCUCCCUGGCCCAGGCGGGAGCCCCUCAGCUUCCUCGCCUGCACUCCCCAGACUCCAGCCCCACGACGGCCCGCUUGACCUUUUAAAGAGCAACUUUCUGCUCCUUUUGUGUUUUUUCUAAAGAGCAGACCCGUUCUCCUCCUCCCCCCCGCCCUCUCCACCACCCUCCGUCCCCCGUCCCGCCCCCGACACUGAAGUAUCACUUUGCUGCAGCUGUGUUCAUGUCCGUUUUCAAUAAAGUUUUUGUGAUUCAG